AUGGAGCGCGAGCAAUUUCUCUCUGAUCUCCAGUUUCAACAGAUAUUAUCUAUUAUUAACAAUAAAGGGGCGAAUCAAUCCUCCAAUCCUAAGGCCAAUGCUGCUGGUACUUCUUCAAGUUUGUCACAAGCACCGUUGCGCCUCCGUCAAUUAAUCCUUGAUAGUGGUGCAACCGAUCAUAUUACUUCUUCUCCAAAUUUGCUUGUCAACAGUCAUCAGAACACUAUUUUACCGCCAGUUAUUAUGCCCAGUGGAGAACAGGCUCCAAUCACAUCUACUGGAACUUUACCUUUGAACUCUGUUAUUUCUCUGAAAAAUGUGCUUGGUGUGCCAUCUUUCAAGGUGGAUUUGAUGUCUGUGAGUCAAGUUACAAGAAGUCUCAAUUGUUCUGUAACCUUUUUUCCCUCUUGGUGUAUUUUGCAGGACUUGACGACGAAGAAGACGAUUGGUUUGGGUAAACAACGAGACGGACUUUAUUACUUGGUCGCAUUGGCGUCAACAACACCGAGCCCUAAAUUCAGAUCCUCCGCUGCCAUUGCUAGCCAUCCAUCUUGUUCUCAUGUCACCUCCUCCACUGACUUGUGGCACCGCCGAUUAGGGCAUCUAUCUUCCUCUAGAUUAGAUUUUAUGGCAAAAAAUUUGCUCAAUUUUCCUUUCAAAUCCAAUAAUCCUUGUGAUGUUUGUGCACUUGCAAAACAAUGUCGACUUCCUUUUUCUGCUAGUUCAAUUUCGUCUGUUAGACCGUUUGAGUUAAUUCACUGUGAUAUUUGGGGCCCCUACAAAAUUCCUUCUUUUUCUGGUGCUAAAUAUUUUUUGACAAUUGUGGAUGAUUAUUCUCGUUUCACAUGGGUAUUCUUUAUGCAGCACAAAAGUGAAACACAACAUUUACUUACAAAUUUUUUCUCCUUUGUCAAAACUCAAUUUGCUGCAUCCAUUGCUAAUAUUCGAGUUGAUAAUGGGGGGGAAUUCUCUUCUAUGAAAGCUUUUUUUCAACAAAAUGGCACUACUUACCAACACUCUUGUGUCUAUACACCCCAACAAAAUGGGGUUGUAGAGCGCAAACAUCGUCAUAUCCUUGAGUUAGCCCGUGCCCUUCGCUUUCAAGCCCAUCUCCCUUUGCGUUUUUGGGCAGAAUGUGUUCUCACCGUUGUACAUUUGAUUAAUCGUUUGCCCCCACCACUUCUUUCCCAACAAACUCCUUUUGAACGCCUUUAUGGCAAGACCCCUUCCUAUUCCCAUCUUAAGGUUUUCGGGUGUCUUGCCUAUGCUACUGAUGUGCAUGUCCCUCAUAAGUUCGCUCCUAGAGCCAAACAUUGUGUUUUCCUUGGUUACCCGGUUGGUCAAAAAGCCUACAAGCUCUAUGACCUUACCACUCAUAAAUUUUUCACUAGUCGUGACAUUGUUUUUCAUGAAACUAUUUUUCCCUAUGCGUCCCUUCCAUCCAUUCCAACACCUCUAGCCCCCGUCCUUCCUCAUUUUGUGUAUGACCCUCCUAUUUCUGACUUAUUCCCCACGACCUCCACAACACCAUUAGAACCGGUCCAUCCCGUCCCUCCCUUAGCAAUGACCCAGCCCGAUUCUCCUUCUGCGUCUCCGUAUCCAGACACCUCCACUUUUGAUCAACCCAUUCCUAUCAGCGUCGUUCAGCCCCCUCCCGUCCCUCCAUUAGAAAUGACCCAGCCAGCUUCUCCUUCUGCGUCUCCGCAUCCAGCCACCUCCACUUUUGAUCAACCCAUUCCUGCCAGCGUCGUUUAG